UGGUCAUGUCCCCUCAGCUAUGCGCAGCUGCUCCCAGCUACUGCAAAAAAUUAAGCCUGCACUGAACAAAACUAGGACAAUUCCCAGAAGUGUUCCAAUCCAGUUUUGAUCAGGUUCUGUGCAACCUGGUCUAGUUAAAAGUCUCCCUGCCCACUGCAGUGGUUGUUAGUAGUUCCAACCCAAGCCACUUUGUGAUUCCAUGAUUCUGUGAUUCUAUGAUCAGACCCAUGGUGCCACAUUGCUCACCACAGUCAUUACUGCCCCUGAGAUGGGAGUUCAGAAGUUCUUAGAAGGAGCAACACCAAAUGCAACAACCUCAAAGUUGAUAGUACACUGUAGACAAUUCUGCAAUGCUACUCCCUUCACCCUGACUAGACAUCCUCUGGUUUCUUAUGUUAGAAGCAAGGGUAGAAUUCAAGAGUCAUGGUUCAUUAGAAUGAAUGAAUGGUUGCUGUAUAAAAAUUGGACUUUUUUAAUGCUUGUGGCCAAUGCAAUCCUUUUUGUCAGUGUAAAUUUGUAUGGGGUCUUUGUGAGAAUUUUGACAGAAAGGGCUCAGAGGAAAGCAUUCCUUCAGGCCAGGAACUGCAUUGAAGACAGGCUGAGACUGGAGGAUGAAAAUGAAAAACAGGAACGUCUCCUGAUGAGCCUAUUGCCCAGGAAUGUUGCAAUGGAAAUGAAGGAAGACUUCCUGAAGCCUCCAGAAAGGAUUUUCCACAAGAUUUACAUUCAAAGGCAUGACAAUGUUAGUAUUUUAUUUGCAGACAUUGUGGGAUUCACUAGUUUGGCAUCACAGUGUACUGCCCAAGAACUGGUGAAGCUGCUGAAUGAACUUUUUGGAAAAUUUGAUGAAUUAGCUACUGAAAAUCAUUGCAGAAGAAUAAAAAUCCUAGGGGACUGUUACUACUGUGUAUCAGGAUUGACCCAGCCCAAAACAGAUCAUGCCCAUUGUUGUGUUGAAAUGGGACUGGAUAUGAUUGACACCAUCACAUCUGUUGCAGAAGCCACAGAGGUUGAUCUCAACAUGAGAGUUGGAUUGCAUACAGGCAGGGUGCUUUGUGGGGUCCUGGGUCUCCGAAAAUGGCAAUAUGAUGUCUGGUCAAAUGAUGUGACAUUAGCUAAUGUAAUGGAAGCUGGAGGACUGCCUGGGAAAGUUCACAUUACAAAGACCACCUUAGAGUGCCUAAAUGGGGACUACGAGGUAGAACCAGGAUACGGUCAUGAAAGGAAUAGUUUCUUGAAGAAGCAUAAUAUUGAAACAUAUUUUAUUGUGCCAUCCCAUCGUAGGAAGAUAUUUCCUGGACUGAUUCUCUCAGACAUUAAGCCUGCCAAAAGAAUGAAGUUCAAGACAGUCUGCUAUCUGCUUGUUCAGCUCAUGCACUGUCGCAAGAUGUUCAAAGCGGAGAUCCCUUUCUCCAACGUCAUGACGUGUGAGGAUGAUGAUAAGAGGAGAGCAUUAAGGACAGCCUCUGAAAAACUCAGGAAUCGUUCCUCUUUUUCUAACAAUAUUGUAUACAACACUCCGGGAACUCGAGUGAACAGAUACAUCAGUCGCUUGAUAGAGGCCCGGCAAACUGAGUCUGAGAUGGCUGACUUGAACUUCAUUACCCUGAAGUAUAAGCAAACUGAGCGUGAAAAUAAAUACCACCAGCUUCAGGAUGAGUACUUCACCAGUGCUGUAGUUCUCUCACUAAUUCUAGCUGCCUUAUUUGGCCUUGUCUACCUUCUAAUAAUACCACAGAGUACCGUAGUUCUUGUUCUCCUGGUAUUCUGCAUAUGCUUCCUAGUGGCUUGUAUUAUGUAUCUACAUGUCACACGAGUACAAUGUUUUCCAGGGUGCCUGACAAUACAAAUUCGUACCAUUUUGUGUAUUUUUAUUGUGAUCUUAAUAUACUCUGUGGCUCAAGGCUGUGUGGUUGGCUGCAUGCCUUGGGUUUGGAAUACCAAUUCCAGCAGCUCAAUAGUUAUAAUUUCUCCUGGUGGAACAAAUAAAACAAUGAAUGAACUUCCAUGUGACACAGCCCACUAUGCUUUCCUUUCCUGUGUAGUGGGGACUCUCACCUUGGCAAUAUUUCUACGUGUAUCUUCCUUGCCAAAAAUUAUUCUCCUGGUUUUUGUUACAAUUUUGUACAUAGUUAUUCUGGAACUCAGUGGUUACAGAAAAGCAGUGGGGGGCGGCUCCUUUUAUAUGCGUGGCUAUGAACCAAUACUAGCUAUUUUGCUGUUUUCUUGUGCUUUAGCAUUGCAUUCAAGACAGGUGGACUUGAAACUGCGUCUGGACUACCUCUGGGCAGUGCAGGCAGAAGAAGAGAGAGAUGAUAUGGAGAGAGUCAAGCUGGAUAAUAAAAGAAUUCUUUUCAACCUAUUGCCAGCCCAUGUUGCACAGCAUUUUCUUAUGUCUAAUCCAAGAAAUAUGGACCUUUAUUACCAGUCAUAUUCACAAGUGGGAGUGAUGUUUGCUUCCAUCCCAAAUUUCAAUGAUUUCUACAUCGAAUUGGAUGGCAAUAAUAUGGGAGUGGAAUGUUUACGCCUGUUAAAUGAAAUUAUUGCUGAUUUUGAUGAGCUUAUGGACAAAGAAUAUUAUAAGGAUAUUGAAAAGAUCAAGACAAUUGGAAGUACUUAUAUGGCAGCUGUGGGACUCGUACCUACUUCAGGAACUAAGGCUAAAAAAUCAAUUUAUUCCCAUCUGAGUACACUGGCAGAUUUUGCAAUAGAGAUGUUUGACGUUCUUGAUGAAAUCAACUAUCAGUCUUACAAUGACUUUGUCCUACGAGUUGGUAUUAAUGUUGGGCCGGUAGUGGCGGGAGUCAUUGGAGCCAGAAGACCACAAUAUGAUAUCUGGGGGAACACUGUGAAUGUUGCCAGCCGGAUGGAUAGUACUGGAGUGCAGGGAAAGAUUCAGGUGACAGAAGAAGUUCAGCGGAUAUUAAAAAGAUGCAGUUAUGAAUUCGUGUGCAGGGGUAAAGUUAGUGUAAAGGGAAAAGGUGAAAUGUUGACCUAUUUCCUGGAAGGAAAGGCUGAUGGAAAUAAUUCCCAAACACGGUCAUUAAACUUAGAGCGGAAAAUGUAUCCUUAUGAGAGAGCAAACAUUCAAACAAAACUGGGCACCAGCUGUCCAUCGGUGUCCUCAGUUACUAGCUUUACUGUAAAACCUGGUCUUGGAGCAGGUCAAGCAUCUGCCACUCAAACAAACCAAACACUGCAUUAUCUUCCUUCUGUGCCAGCUGUGAAGGAGGCAUAGAACAAAGGAGAUUUGGUUGUGCCACUUGCAGUGAACUUAGAGAGCAAUGGUUGCCUGAAUUUUUACUAAGAAGUCAGAGGUCAUAGGCCAUGCCAUUAACCAAGGACCACUACAGCCCAACCAAAGAGAACUUGGGGACUGUGUAAUGAACUCUUGGGAUGGAACAUAUAAGGGCUAGCAAUUCUGUUAUGAAAAGUCAAAAUGGGAUUUUCUGGAAAUGAGGCAUAUUUUCUUGGUAUAUUUGAACAGUAGAUGAAAACAGAAAAAUGUGCAAGCAAUUAUUUAUGUGUGUGUAUAUAUAUGUUUUAAUCCAUAUAUGCACACAUACAAACAGUUCUGUGUAGACUUAAUAGAAAUUUAUAGAGAUGGACAUAAAAAUGUGUAUUUAUUUACACAUCCACCUGCAGAGACAUAGCAAAGAGAUUUCUCUUUCUGUCAUAGUAAGAAUUGUUGGGUCUGGGAUUAGCAAAGCUUCAUUUAACCAUGGAAUGUGAAACACCUGGAGACUUUCCAGGGCUACAGUAAGACUCUGAUAAACUGUGCUCCCAGUGUACAAAUUAAUUCAAUGAGAACAGUGUUUGUUGUGCCGUCAAUGGCAGAUUAAUGAAGACUGGAUUAAGUUGAUUACAGAACCCUAAUAUUUUUUUUUUUUUAGUUCUCCUUGCAUGCUCCAAAAACUUCCAAAAACUUUCAAUCAAAUCAUUACACUAGGAUAUAAAGUAUAUAAAUCACAGAGCUUAAGAACCAUUCUUUCCAUUGAAAAAAAUACAAGAGUGGUAGAGCAUAGAAUUUGCUGCCUCUUUGUAUGUCAUUUGACUCUGCACAAGACAGAGGAGCCACCCAGCAAGCACAGCAAUAUUCUGCAAUAUAGAAACAUUCCUGUAUGUACAGUGCUGAUUUUACUGAGGAGCAGAAGGAAGGUAUUAUUUCAGGCUUUUAGAAAUAGCACAAGUCCUGUGGCUCAAGUCCAGGAUUUACCAUUCUAAACAGCUCAAGGAACAGUCCUGUGCUGGUGGCAAACAUACUGCUGCUAGUUUUGUGACAUUUGUAUGUUUGCCAACAUAGUUUUAUAUAUUAAUUGACUUUUAAAUUUAUGCCACACUCACUCUGGCAUAAAUUUAUGCCAGACUCACUCUUCAAAGCUGUACAAUUAUAGAAAGCUUUAAUCUGAGAAACAAGCACAGUCAAACUUUGCCAAAUGAGGAGAAAUGGUAAAUGUGCCAGGAGAGUGAGCCUCCUCUUAAUCUGCAUAAAAAGGAAAAUAUUGUGGCUGCUUUUUUCUCUACUGCUGCCCACAGCAUAUUGCUUAUGGUUUCAUACUGAAGUGAUGAUCUGGAUGUGAAAUAUAGAGGGCAACUCCAUAGUUGAGGUGACAGCAGUUGAAGGUCAUCCUGCUGAGGGACAUGUACUCCAUAGACAUGUGCCAUAUUGUUCUAAUGGGGAUUCACAGGCUAGCUAACGUCGUCUGCUUUCCGAAAGAGAAGUAAAACUUUACAUUGCCUAAAAACAUGCAAAAUUUCCUUUUAACAAGCAAAAGAAUCCACACCCCCCAAAAGAACCCCAACAAGAUCAAAAAACAACAACAAAAGCAAAAGCCAAAAAAACCCAACAAAAACCAACAAAAACAACCCACAAAACUAAAAAUCUCACUCCAGAGUGCAGAAGUUGUAGAUUGUACAAUAGAAAAUUUUCAUGCAGUAGGUUUCACGCUUCCCUUUGGUGUGCCUAUUUUGUAACAGAUUUCAGUGGAAAGAAUGUUCUGAGAGGGUCCCCUCUAAUCAGCUUUUGCUUUGGAGCAGUAAUUUUUUGUGCUAAAAGUAUAUCAUAGCACUGUGUCAGCAGAUGCAAAUGGUUAAAGAAAUGUUGCAGGAUUUUGUGUUCUCCACUCAGGAUACUCUGAGACUCCAGUGUUUUUCAGCAGAGUUUUAAAUUAAUUUUUAUGUUCCCUGUCUGCUGGAUGCUUCAUUACAAAGCUGGCAAAGUUAGUCUUAUGAUUAAAGUGACUAUAAAAACCUGAGAACUGCUUCUUAAUUGUACUAUACAGGUAAUAUGCACCCUGAUUGAGCUGAAGAAAGUCACUGCAUUUCUUUAGCUACCCAGUUCACAGAUAUUCUUCUAGAAUAAUUUAUUUUUGGUUUUGAGACUUUCAAAUAAUUUUUAAAAAAUACACAUGGGGAAUACCGAUUUAAAAGAAUAAAUAUUUACAUAAAUAAACUAAGUGGUAUUCAUGUAAAGCACACUUUACAUUUAUGUUCUCUAACAGGCUUAUAAGAACUAAAUAAUCACAUGGGUAAGCUAAAUAUUUAACCAAGUUGGAGAACAUUAUGUGUAAUAGCAUUAAUCACUUAGUUCCUCUCUCAGAGAGUCCAUGCUACACAAUUUUUGAAUUCAAUUAAUUUGGUAUAAUUUCACUGAUAAUAAUGAAAUAAAAGCACCUUCUGAUCCUAGAAGUAGAUCUGGUAGUAUGUGAACACAUCGACCAAACACACCUAUUGGCCCACCCAAAAACUUUCAGUGAAGUUACUCAUUUGUUAUUCUUUUUAUUGGGCUCAGGAUAUAGGCAUCUUGCCAUCUUUGACCUUUUACUAAGUGGACAGUGAGCACAAAUGAAUAGUCCCCUCUGCUGGUAUUUUUGUGACUGUUCUCCUUCCCAGACCCAUUCCCAGUCUGAUAAUAUCAGUGGAAGAUCAUGCAGCAAGGUAAAUUUAGAUUAUUCAUGUUUAUAUUUUAAAUUAUUAGCAGGUGAUAAUUAAUUAGAAUUGGUCCAAACAUUUUCAAAGCCUGAUCCUCUUUUCCAAAUAAGGCAUGUUACUUUUGUAGGAAUGUUUUCCUUGUUGAAUGGAAAGGAUCAGACAGGCACAGUCCAUCAACAGCUUCUCAUUUUGUGCUUUUGGAGGAAGUCUCUGCCUCCCAGAGCAGUUGAGUGGACCAGGAUGGCUUCUUGGUACUGCAGGCAAGCUGGUGUGUACGUCCUAGCUUACAGAAUCAAUAAUGGUAUAUUUGGAGUUGUUUUCUAGACUUUAAGUCAUAGAUUUAUAGAAUGCUUUGGAUAGGAAUGGACCUUAAAGAUCAUGUACUUCCAACCCUGUUGCCAAAGGCAGGGACACCUUCCCAUAGACCAGGUUAACGUCACUCUCAUUGAGUUCAUUAUCAUUAACAUCAAUAUCCUAUAAUUAAUGUUUUUUUCUAUUUGUAUUAUGUUGUUGCUGGUUUUACAAUGGGAAAAUGAUAUAUUGUUUUGUAGUCCUGGACUGAGCAAUAUAAAUGUAUGAAGAAACUUCAACUAAGGCACAAAUUGGUCAAAUAGAAUUUAAAAAUAAUUGGCCAGGUUCAGCAGCCAUUUCAACAAUGAAAGCUAAGUGUCCACUGAAAUCAUGAUAUUAUGAAGCUGUGCUCUUAUCUUUAUGCUUUCCCUCCCUAUUCACAUAGUUUUUCCGCAUUUUCCUGUUCUGUCUACAUUUGUUUAAUUUCAGCUUUUGUGUGACAGAUUUAAAUGACAUAUUUAAUCUCUCAGUUCUUCUGCAUUCUUUGACAUGUUUAAUAAGUUUUAUACAUGGAAAGAGGGGAAUAUAUAUGGAAGUAAUACUUCUGAAAACCUCAUAAAUGCACAUUGUCUGCCAAAUUAGAGAAGACUGAAAGCAAAAUUUUUAUUGGCAAUUGUCCUAAUUGUCCAUGUCCAAGCGGGCAUGUGGCUCACUCCAAUAUCCCUGAAAAUCACCAGAAGGAUUUCCCUAGAUUUCUGUGGGAUUUGUGUUGUGUCCAUCUUAUUGCAUGCAGUUGUAUUUCCCCUCUUGCAUAUAUUAAUUUUCUGGUCAAGUGCUGUGACUUUUGCCUAGGUAACCUUGCUGUAGCCCUGUCAAGGUGUCUGCCCCACAGCAACCAAAAGUCCCGAGUGUUCAUCUGAGGAUGGUAACUUGUUGAUUUGUGGGCAGAAUAGCCUCGUGUACUUCUGUUCACUGUUUUGUGCAGCUGUUAGCUUGAAGCAAUUAACAGAUACAAACGCUAAGAAAAAGUUACGCCAUUUUGGCUUGUCAAUGUCUGUCAAUAGCAAGCACAAUAUUUCAUGUCAGUUUUGCAUGCUUUCUCUUUCAGAUAAUAGUAAUAAUAGAAGUCUUUCAUUCUUUAUAUAAACAUAUAAGUGUCAGAUAUCUUUAGUCUUGAGACCUAAUUUCUAAGUAUUCCUAUAUUACCUUUAUCUUCAAACAGUUUUUUAAUUCAUAUUCUCUGCUGAGAUUGCAAACUGGCAUUCCAUUGGCUUACUGGCUAGAUAUUUCCAAACAUAUUCCAUUUACAUUGACUCAAAAUCCACUUUACCCAGCCUGUGAAAUGCAUAGUUUUUUGUAGCUCUUUGCCCUGUGGCUAGUGACACUCCCUUAUCUUCACCAAACAAACACAAAUUUUCCCUUGCUUUCCCUAGGUAAGACUGAGAGCCAAAAGCUUCAGCUUGUUAGGGCUGAAUCUGCAUCCCCUUAUGUAUCCACAAGGCCUGCAGUUCAGUAUGCUUGUAAAGGUCAGGAGUUGAGCUUCUGGAGGCCAAGUUUUGCCUUGGGUUAUAGCAAUGAUGUCAAUACUGAACUGAAUAUUUUACAACACUGUAAACAAGAGUAGGUCAUGCACUGAAAUCUCUUUCACACUCUUGCCUGUAAUUUAUCUGUCAGGCAAAAUAAAGUAGUUGGGUGUCACUAUUUGAAUGGAAACAGUAUAUGACCUGUGCCAUUUCUGCGCUUUGAAGAGUCUCAACACAUUAAUAAGUAGCAUGAAUCAUUUUCCUGUGUUGGAUUCCUGCUUGUAGCAGAAAUAAUUUUCUUUACAUCAGCAAGUCUGUAUAUGUUCUGCCCAGGCAGGAGGACUAUUUAGCCAUAAUAUUCUUUCAAGUUAGAGUUUUGUAUUACAGUGAAAACCAACAUUUUUUUUAAUUUGUGAUAAACCUGUAUUAUAAUGCCUUAUUUUUAAUCUUGUACAGUGUUACAAAACAACAGAAAACAUUGGCCUUUCAUGUAUUAUUCACUUUAAAAGAUGUAUUGUACUAUGAAAUUUUGUAAAUAGUUUUAGCUGGGACAGGUAGUUGCAUGUACACUUGUAUAAAAAGAAGCAAAAAGGCACACUUUUAACAAAAAAUGAAUGGUUUUUGUAAGAGGCAUUUUACAUGUGCAUGGAAAUGAUAUAUCCUUUUAAAAUGGAUGUCUUUUUCGGUUUUCCUUGCAAUCUACUGCAUGCCAUUCAUGCCUGACUUCAGUAAAACAAAACAGUAAAUUUUCCUAAAUGUUUUUGACAUAUCACUUCUGGCACAGUUAAAUCAAUAGUUGCAGGUGCAUUCAGCAAACCAAAACACAAACAGCAAAUAAAGAAGAAAAAUAACUUCAUGAUUGUGAUCUGCCAUCCUCAGUGUUUCAAGGUCCAUAACACAGCAUAUGAAAAGUGUUAUCUCUAAGCUGUCUUCAUAAGGUACCUUCUGGUCAUUAGAAGCAAUAAACUACUUUCUGUAAGCAAACCAAUACUCUAGAUGAAAAUGGUGUAGUGUCUGACAUUCAGUGGUUAUUCUCUGAUACUGCAACUGAUGUAUCAAGAAGGACUAGGUGUCAAAUCGAUCUUUGCUGUAUGCAGGUGCAACACUAUGGAAGGCAAAGAAGGUGAAUUUGGCCCAUUAAUGUUACCCAGAGUACAUUUCUAAUGCGAUAAUAAGUUAUUGUAUAUGAAGAGUACAUAGUUCAAAUAGGUGGUUUUCCUGUAUUCAUACAUACAUAUAUAUAUAUAUAUAUAUAUGCAUAUGUAUGUGUGUGUGCAUAUAAAUAUAUAUAUAUAUAUAUACAUUAAAAAAAAAUUUGCCUUAUUUCAGUCAGGUUUUUUUACUUCUUUUCCAAAUAGUUUAUAUUGGUAAGCAGAAAGUAUAUAACAAAACUAUCCAGAGAAAGUUCAUUAUCUAGCUUUGAGCCAUCUGGGUUCUCUGCUGAUUUCAUGCUUCCAGAGAUGCAUCCUUUAGACAUCACAGCCUAACCCACAGCUUGAGGCUGAUGUCAGCUAGUGACAUUGAAAUAAGAAAUCAAUUUCCAGUCUGAUAUCUAGUUUUUUCCCAUAAAUCUGAUGAACAAACUUAAAAUUCUGAAGGAAAACUUAAAAUUCUGAAGGUAUUUUGCACACCUCUUUUUUAAAGUUGUUAUAUCCAUGUCACUACAACUCAGGAUUACUUCUCAAAUUACUUAUAUAAUUGCUGUAUGACAAGUAAGGAGUAUUUGAGGAGCAUAACACUGAGUCUUGUGGCAAAGGGAAAAGGGUGUAGACUGAAUACUUUCUGCUUUGAAUAAGGAUUUGACUUUUACAAUUUGGGCUAGUGUUAUAAUAGAACUCAGAAAUCUGUUAAUUUUUUUUGCUUAAUAAGGUGACUGUUGGGUUAACUAAGCAGUACAGCUUUGGCAAGUACUUUUGUCAUCCUAAGUUAAGAGGUAGGUUCAUACAAUAUAUCCUGGUUGCCUGCAUAGAAAAACCACUACCUUGUACGGACAAUUGUCUUCAUUAUAGUAGUUAAGGAUUUCUAACAGUCACUAACUCAUCUCAAAUUCAGUGGGUCUUACAUCUCAGUGUGGUGUAAUUGUUGUGAAUAAUGACAAUCUGGACACUGCUCCUGGGCCGCAGCCUGUUUAUGAUUGCUGCUUUUCAGACUCUGUAUAAACAAUUUUUAGAUCAUUGUUCAUUUUAACUCCAUCUCUCACUGAGUUCUCAGGCCAAAUCUAAAUAAUUAAUAAACAUAUUAAGGUAAAUAAUGGGAAAAGUACAUAUAAGGGAGUGGCUGCCUGUUGCUCUUUGGCCUGACAUGAUUUGCAAUCUGAUCAGUGCAAGGAUAAAAAGAAGGAAAGAAGGAAAAAAAAUGGGCAAGAGCACAAAAAAUCGAAAAAGUAGCCUGUGAGAUAGCAAUUGCUGAAAUAAAAGGGUGAAAAACCAAUACUCUUCUGAAGUCAGCGGUAAAACUCAGUGACAUGGGACAGGUCUGAAGUAUCUCAUCUGGAAGUACUUAACCAGAUUCAUAGUGCAACAAAAAUAAGGCUUGUGUUUAAUUGCAUGGUCAAAUCAGUUUCUGAGCUUUUGUGUCAAAUUUAUAAAAAUAUUCAAGAUGUCAUGGUGAACCACUUCCAGAAUUUCAGAAGGAAUUACUAGAAAUAUUUGAGGGUUGUUACCUUUAAUACCUAUUUUUUGAUCAUUAGGCAGCACCUUGGAUUUCGAAUUAGCACUGGUUAAUGUACAUAGUGUAAGUCCUGAAAGGACUUGGUUUUGCUUGUGCCUUACUGCAUGCUGGAGGAUCUACUUCUUUAUAUGAGGAUCCCUAUUUUAUGCCUUCUGUGGCAUCAGAUAUAACACACCUACACAAAACUGAAGGGAAAAAAGUGCUGCAUAACUGUGAAGAUUUUUUAUUAAUUCCUUUCCUACUUUGGUUUACUACCAGUACAGCUAUGUGGAUGCAAGGAGUGUUCCAUUUGUUUGUGGAGGGAGGCCAUACACAGGUAUAUGUGGGUCCAAGCUGAAGAAGAAUAGGUUUCCUAGAAAGCUGAGCACAUACAGUGCAGAAAUUCUGAAGAAAUGUUUUUCAGAUAGUUUGGGACUCUUUUCACAAAGCUGGCUGCUUUCCUCUACAGAACACCUUCUAACUGCACUGUCAGGUUUGCUAGAUGUAGGUUAGCCUGCUGGUGGUAAAAGAGCUAACAAACAGUUCUUGCUGUGGGCUAAAGUGGGGUUUAAUUACUGUGUUUAUGCACAUUAUCAUGUCUUACUUUCAAGUGCCUGACCGUCUGCUUUAAUCCUACAUCUGUCUGUAGUGGCAUCAGUUUUCAGCUGGCACACUGAAGUUACUUAGGUGAUUUCUCACAUCUUUUGCUCCUUAGUGCACAUGGGUGCAAAGGCUGUCUGUUUCAGACAGAUUUCACAUGCCAUUCAAGCAAUAUAUCAAAAAUUUUUAAUGAAAUGUAAAUGAAAAUUAAUUAUCUGUGCCAUCAAAAUUGCUUCAUGAUAAUUAUAUUUUUAAUUGCUACAGUAGAGAUUCCUCUUCACUUAGAAUUUCUGCUUUCUUUACAGUAACGUUACUAGGGCUCCAUAAGGAAAAACAAAGAAGAAAAGAGAUUGUAUAACUUGCUCCCAUUUACAAGUAUAAUUGUCUGUACAAAACUGAACUUAGAUAAAGCAAACAGUUGCUUUUCUGCAUUCAAACACCUGGUUAUUACAGAGGAGUAGGUUUGAAAAAUACUAGAGAAUACAGUAACAAUGAAAGCAAUGCUUACUUGUCUAAAAACUAGAAUCCAAUAUUCAUUACUAUAACCUUUUCUACUGUAAUUAACUCAAUAAAGAGAAUCUUAGAACAGUGAUAUUAUUUUCUUUGAAAUUCUGACAGAGGUUAAAUUCUGACACACAUUUCACAGUUUCAAGCAGAUUCAGUCAAAUUUGACCCAUCUCUUAAAAUCCCUGUCUUUAAAACUUGUGUUGCAAGUAACAUUUGUCUGAACUGUAUCCUGCUGGUGAGUGCUUCGACUCUCUGCUGUCUGGAGGUUAACUUCUCCCCUGCUGGCAUAUGUACAUAGGUUCUGCUUUGAAAUAAGAUGCUCAGCAUUUUUCCAAUCUGUUAAUUGAAAAGAUGUAAAAGUGUUUUAUAAUUAAUGUUCAGCAGCCUAAGGUAGGAAGUAAAAGACUAUACAGAGCUUGUGUUCUAUAAACAAAAUUAGUCUGCCUACACAUUAUGACAGUGAGUCCAUUACAGGCUUAUCCAUAAUUGUAAGCAUCCUAGAAAUAUUUAAAUGUAAUAAAUAUCAUAGCAAUAAGAGGAGAUAAUGCUAGACAUACCUUCCUGCCCUUUAACACCACAUAAGUCUUCUUUGCAUGUAAAAUAUGACCUACAGCUCAUAAAAUAUUGCUUCUUCAGAAAUUGGUAUCCCUUCUACCCUUAGCUCACCCUCAGUUGUUCAGUGCCAUCAUAUUUUUGUUUAGGGGUUUACUGUACACUCAGGCCAGCUUUACCAUCUCCCUCUGCAGGUCCUCUGUCACAUGGUUGUCAAACUUCUUUUUCAACAAGAAAAUAUAUUUUCAGUAAGUUGAUUUUUUUAUACAUAAUAGAUGUUUAGGGAAAAAAAAAUACAUAAUACAUAAUCUUAUUAGGAAGCACUACAUGUGAUAACAAACCUGAAAGGGCAUAUAAACAUAGUCUGUGAUGGGAGUGCAGGCACCAGCAGCCGGCAGCAAGCUGGGCAAUAAGGCUUCAAUCUGCCAUCAGCAAACAGGGCAGCAUCUCUCUGCUCAAGGGCCUGAAGAAGAGACACGGAUAAGAAAGAGUCAUGUAGCCUAAUUCAUGUUCCCUAGUAGUUUACCAAGAACAUGCAAACCCAUUUCAAGAGCAGUCAUGUUGUCUGUGUUUGGAUACCAGUCUUUACUAAAAUAUUAGAAGAAACAUACAGGCUUGGAGUAUUAUAAGGCUGAUUGAAUUGGAACAUUCAAUAAGAAGACUGUGCAAGAGGAAUUUUAAUCUACUCAAUCUGCAGAUGUUUGCAGCAAAUUCUGCAUUGCUUCUGGACCAACUCAAAUAUUUUCUUAGACAUUGAGAAAAAAAGCAUUAUUUGCAUCAGGUAGACAUAUGGGAAAACCAAUGUAUUCUUCUCUGUAUUUAUAGUUAUAAAAGUUUUCAGUAUAACUUUUUGUCUUGUUUACAGCCCAGUAAAAUUAAUGAAAAUAUUAAGUUCAACAAUUAUUGAAUUUUUAGAUUAAUUAAUUUAGAUUUUAGAUUUUGAGAUUUUAGAUUAUUCUAGUGUCUAUUCCUCUGCCAUGUCAGAUGAGGUGUGACCAGUGACUUCAAAAGGACCAGGAAGCCUACUGUACCACAAAAGAAACAUCUACAUAGGUAAAAUGGGUAGUCCUAACUUUAAGGAGUGAACAAGUCAAGAUGUCAUUAUUCCAACCUCUAUAGCCCACUGAACCUAUAAAUAAUAUUUUUAUCUUUAAAAAUAUUAUCUUUAUCAUAUACAGUAUAUAUAUAUAUGUAUAUGUAUAUUCAUACUACAAUACAAUAACUUAACACUGGGUAACUUCUAAUGAUAAAUUUUCAUUAAUAAUACGGGUCUAUUUUUAUGUAAAUAUAUUAUUGUAGAGUAUCUUCCAGUCUUUUUCAGGAUUGUUAAAUUGAGAAGAAUAAUUGAAUAUUUGUCCUAUUUUUAUGUUAAAAAGUGAAUGGACUGAAAUGUUAAAUGUGAAUGUAAAUUUCUUAUUGCAACUUUUAUACUGAGUGUUUGCACUAUUAUAAUUUCUGGAAUCAAAUUAAAAAUAAAGGAAAAAAUUGCUUGAAUAAACAGCUCCAUGAGAUUGCUGUUUUGGCUUUGGUUUGGCUUUGGGGGGGAGGUUGUUUGGGAUUUUUUCUCUUUGUUUUUUAAAUCAAGUUAUAUUCAUUACUAUAACCAAGCUGCCUCUCAGAGGGUCCAGCUACAGCUCCUCAGUCAGGCUAUGAACAUGCCUUUAGAAAUGCUGCAAUUCUGCUUUCAGAAUUGCUUUGAACUAAAGAAUCUCUUGAGAACAAUUCAGCUCCCUUAUGAGCUUCAUUGAUUUUCUGCAUCGACCACAGUGUAAGCCAGCUUGGGCCAAGAGCACCGUUCACUGUGCAAGCAGAGGAGAGCAAAUAUGCAAUGACCAGCAAAAUACCAGCCACAUAGACUAGAAGAAAGUGAGGGAAAGCUUCUGUCUCCUUUUUCACAAGGCAGAAAAUAUUGGUUAAUUUAGGCCAAGUGUAGAUUUUGUAGUCAUUUUAUGUUAUGCAAGAUACAGAGCCAGACUGAUAGCAAAAUAGCAUAGGUUAACUUAAAAUUUAUUUUUAAACUAAUACAGUUUUGUCAGGUAAUAUGCCUCACAAGAGAGUUGCUAAAUUUGGGUGGUUCAAAGUAAUUUGACUGUAUCACUUCCAAGUGACAGCAGACCCCCAGGUGGCCGGCUCAGAGAAGAAGCCGAGGUGCUCAGGUGCCUCAUUCCUGUCCAUGAAGAUAUGCCCGGAGAUACCCUGGAAAUGCAGGGUCCCCUGUGAUGUAUAACAGCCUGGGCUCAGAUGCAAAGGGUUUCAAUCCAAAUGCUAGAUAGUGUCUCCCCAGAUGUUUUUCUUGCAGGUUAGAGAGCACAGUGUGAGUUGUACAGAAUUACAGCGCUGUGAGGGAGUGUGAUGGAACUGUUCUUGGUUUGCCCUUGCAUUAGUGAGAAGUGUUUGAGGCCUUUAUGUAGAAUGAGGCAGGAUCAGUAUUAGAUUGUUACCCCUCUGGUAACACUUUUGGUCAUGAGGAAUUCCAUACAGCAUUUCUAUAGCAUAAACCCAGGACUGAAACUGAGGUUCUUGUCCAAAAAUGAUAUUGUUGAUUUCAAACAGGCAGAAGGGGAGAACAGAAAAUGAGAACAUUGUGUACGUUGUCCAUUGUGUACCUUGGUGCAUUGCCAUUGUAUCUAUGUCAAAGUCUUCCAGUUUUGCAGCCAUUCCCUAGAGCAGUGGGUCACUUUAAUGCCGUUUCUGCUGGCAGAACAUGGUGUUCAGCAGAAGGGAACAAUUAUACAGGUAUCAAAUCAUGGACCAUAUUCUUGUUUGGGCCAUUAUGAUGGAAAAAAAGAGUCAUAGCUGUAAAGUGAGCCAUGUAUUAGAGAUUGUCUGACAUUUUUGGCUCUCAUGAAACCCUCUGAACUGUCAAGAGAGCAUUUAAGAAUGGGGAUCUUGAGGUAUAGUCAGGCUGCUUAGGAAUCCUGGUCUGAUCCUAACACCCAGUCGUGUGCAGGUUAUUUUUACUGUCAACUUCAGCAGUAGUUUGUGUAGAUUUCCAGGCUCAAAACUCAGAACAGAAACUGGUUUUUAAUAUUACAUCAAUAUGAGUCUCCCAGGCUUACACUGUUCCUGUAUUUAUAACCAGGUAUUUGUUAACUGUUAUUAAAUUUAGCCAUAAAGAGCUAGAAAGGAAGAAGCUAGUGAUGAAGUAGUCAUUAUUAUCAAGAACCUUUUCAUUUACAAGGCACACUCUGAAGAUGCCAAUGAUGUCUUUCAUAGAGAUGGUGUAACAUAAAUUACACCAUCACAGAUCAAGGAGAUGAGCUUCCCUAUCAGAAGUGCUCUGCUUCACUAAAUCAGUGUGACUCUGAUUGAUUAAUUAACUUUCCCCCAGCUUAAACCAUCUGGGGAUUCAUCUGCACAAUUCCAAUGCUGCAACAAAGAGUCAUUUAUAUUCACCUGGCCUUACUUCUUGCACAGGACUAUACUCAGUCUGGCCAUGCUACUGCACUGCACAAGCACAGCACUUUUAGUUUAUUAUUGGAUGUAAUAAAGUAAAACAAAUCCAUCAUUUUUUGGUUCCUGAAAGAUUUGAAGCUAGACAUUUGUUUGGCCAAACUUAGCUCAUACUAUUGCCAAAGGUCAUGAAAGCAGCACAGACUGUUUUCUCCCAAACUCUAUAGUUACUCUGUAUGUUUAUUGAACUUUGGCGAUACUGUUAUAUGCUCCUCAGCAGCUCUGCCAACAUAAUUAAAAAGGAGCAUUUGUAUCAAAAAAGACAUAGCAAGUUACUGAGGAAAGGUCUCAGUUGAAUAUUAACUCAGAUUGACUUGUGGGGUGUAGAAAAACAUAGAAAGUGUAUAGGACACUGACUAGUGAAUAAACAACAUGCAGACAGAACACAUAGUGGCAUUCUGGUAGGACAAGAGUGUAAUGAAGAGGAAUCAUUGACGCAAUUAAAAAGGCAGUGGUAACACAUUGAUUUUAUCAAGGUCAGUGAUCUCUACUUCUAUUAAAGUAUACUUGACUUCUUACUACCGAGGUAAUUAGAUUUUUUGAAGUUAAAUAUUGAUCCUCCAGACUUCUAUAUAAAAAAGCUAAUUUUUUUCAAUUGGACAUCCCCCACAAUGGUUUUAGACUGGCUACUUGUGUAUUACAACCUUGAGAGACAACAAUUUUUAAUGCUUUAAGCUUUCAAAAUUGAUCUUAAUAUUGUAGCAACUUUUCAUGUGUACAAACUAAUUAUCCUUUCACAUAGACACUAGAACUCUAUCUGAGGGUAGAGCUGCUCCAAACUGACAGAGGACAUGGCACUGAACUUUUCUAUGAGAUGUAAAGGUAUGUUCCUUAAAGAACUUGUUUCUUCAGUCCUACUAUAAUAUUAAAGCAGAAAAAAAAUUGGCUGUUUUUUCCAAUUGCCUGCAACUGGUAGACCUUGGUGAAAAAUUUAUAUUGACACCAAUAUUAAAAGUUUUUAAGACUCUUUAAAGUGGUUCAGAUACAAAGAGCCAAGCUCCAUUGUUCCUUAAACUCUUAUUGAAAUUAAUCAUAUGGAAGAUAAUUUAGACAAAUAAGGGUUUGACUUCCUGAGCAGCCAUGAAACCCAGUAAGUAGUUCAAGAUUAUGGUUUUGAAUGCACAAAAUUGGAUUUGUUAUCCAGUUAGACAGGUCCAGUCAUAACAGUCAUAACCAAAAGCUGUAGAAACACAUAACCUGAAGCAAACAUCAUGACUCAGUGUAUUGCUAGUUCAAAGUCAUUUUUUUACUGAGAGGUUAUGAAAUCGCAACACCUGUAUAUCCAGGAUUCCCUAAAGCCAUCCUCUCAGGCUCCUUAUGAGGUGCUCCUGUGAUCAGAUUGAAUGAAAAUUAUGCUGUAGGUAACUCUGUUCCUGGACACUGUAGACAGACAUUGAUCUUGCCUCUGUCCAGGAAAAAGUCAUUGCCGCACUGAAAAAUGGAAAGCUCCAACACUUGCAAAAGUACCACUUUUACAUUACCGCCAUAACAUAAAUGACAUGUGAAGAAAGUGUUCCAAAAGGCAAAAACUUUAAAAUUUCUGAAGAACAAGAUUGUACAUAAUGCUUUUCAGGCACUGAAAAGUUUGUUUAACAGACUACAAAGGAUUGAUAUCAUCCUUGGUUUCUGAAGGUUUCAGCAAAGGUUUUGCUGGUGAAGGGGCUGGCAGACAUGCUAGGCUGAGGACACUGGUUUUGUCUAGAUUGGAGAUAAGGAAGUUGAGGGGUGAUCUCACUGCUCCUGACAGAUUCCUGAAGAGGGGAAGGGGAGACCGAGGUGCCAAUCUCUUUUCCUUGGUACCCAAUGCCAGGGCAUGGGGGAAUGGCUCACAGCCAUGUUUGUUGGGGGAGGUUUAGACUGGACAUUAGGAAGCAUUUAUUUACCAAGCGGGUGGCCACACACUGGAAAAGGCUUCUGGUUGAUCCUCUUUGCCUGUCAGUGUUUAAGAGUCAUUCAGAGUCAUUCACCCUUAAUUAUAUCCUUUAGCUUUUGGUCAGUCUAAAGUGUCAGGCAGUUGGACUGGAUGAACAUUAAAGAUCCCUUACAACUGAAAUAUUCUAUUCCUUUCUAUUGUAAUCUGUUAUUUUCUAUUCUACUCUAAAGUGUCUUCCAAACCUAUAUAAAAUGCCGGUCCCCCCUAUUUACCCUAUCACAAAACUCAGGAUUCUCAGUGGUGUCCAGACAUGUAAUUCCACUGAAAUAAGUAGAAAUAGUGCUGAGAUGCUUUUUUAAAGUUUGUAACGUUCCACUGGCUCCCUCUGUGCAGCUUUAUACACUUGAAGAGAUUAAGUCCACAGAAUAUGUUGCACUGUUUCCUUUUCAAUGUCUGUGGCUGCCAAGGAGAUUACUGUGGCAGAAUCACUUCUCCAUUUGCCCACUGUACCAUAAUGCUCUCCACCCCCAAAGGACUGUUCUGCAGAGGUUUGUUCAUUAUGAGGCUCCCUGCUCAUUUUAGACUUCACAUUAGCAAAUAAAAUGUUUCACUCCUAUUUUCACUAAGGAGCUUGGUCUGAUCAACAACUCUUAGAGCACUCCUGAUUGACUUGCCUAUAUACAAAACUCAGACACAGGAAGAAUAGUUUAUGUGAAUUUGAAUCAGAUUUAUAUUUUUAUGGACUUUCAUCCACAAAUAGCUUGUAAUUUGGGCCCAAGUCCUCUAAAUCACUUAGGAAACAAUUUCAUUUCCUUUUUUAUUUCUUUCUUUUUUUUUUUCCUUUUUGGUGUUGUUGUUGUUGUUGUUUGGUUUUGUUGGUUGGUUGGUUGGUUUUUUUGUUUUGUUUUGUGUACUCCUUUUAUCUUUCUUCUAAUUUAUUAUUUCUGUGUGAGCCUAAAUUUAGGAAAUCACUUCAGCAUUUGUGUCCCUCUCUUAAUUUCUUCUUUUCACUCUCCUUUUGCUCCUCAUCAGUAUUUCCAUGCUUCCUCUGGCUCUUCCCUCUUUCUUAAAAUGCUUUGAGGGUCAUUCCACCAUGGGUCAUCAGACGGAGUAGAAUUACCAGCUCCUAUUUCUUAUUACAUACUUGGAAUCACCCUAUAUGCCUAAAAACAUCAGACUAGUUGCAAGAGCAGAGAGAGGGCCUCUUAAUGUUCUGCCUCAGAAAGACUGUACCCAGCCAUUGGAGAGCACCUAGCUUGGAGACUUAUGCAAGAUUUGUGACUUUACACACUAGAAUUGCACAUCCAAUGCAAAAAAAUAUGUUAAGGAUUGGUUCAGAAUACAAGUUCCCUUCAGGAGAACUGUUUGGCAACAUCCUCAGACUAGAAAAUGAAGAAAUUAAAAGAGCAGCAAUUGAGGAAUUUCAGUCUCUCAAAACAAACCAGAAGAUGGGAGAAAGGCGUCCAUUUUUGUCCUUCUGUGUAUAUUAUUCCUUGGUAAACUGAAAAAUAAUUAAUGUAUUUUUCUUUUCCAGAUGAAGCCUCCCCAAAAUUCCAUGUCUUUGAAGUGAAUGCAUGUAUUUGAACGGGAAUAAAGGGCUGAAAUUUGAACAAAACACUGUGCUGUUAUUAUAUUCCCCACUUUUGUUGCUUUUGGAAGUAAAAAAUUUAAGAAUUAAUGUUUAAUUUAAGGGAAUGCAAUAACUUAAGUAGGUUUUGCAUUUUUUUAAAUAAAUGUAGAAAGAAGAUUAAAUUAUCUCCUAAAAUGAGAUCAACAAAAGGAUCUUUCAAGACAUAAACCUAAAGCAGUGGGAGUUUGAUAUAAUAUAUAUGAAGAUGUAUAUUAACAUUGCUAGAAUAGAGUGCCAUCUUGCAUUAUGCAACAAAUGAGAGGAAUUGUGUGUAAAUAUAGGCCAAAAUGUUGUAUCCAAAUCUUUGAAGUUAUUAUUCAAAAUACCAAGUAGACAAUGCUGAGGAUAAAGAUGAUCAUUCCAAGAAAUGUAAAUUUAGUGAAGGAAUUAUUCAUAAUGAAUAGGUCUGAGUGCAGGACACAGUAUGUGUCAUUCUUUGAAAGAUGCAAGAAGCUUUCAAGGUGUCACUCAAGCCACAGUUUGCAUGUUUCCUGUUCAGAUACAGAAAACGGCUACAGAUACACUGAGACCAAGGUAAUAUCAUCACUGCAAACAUCCUACUGAGCUCUGAUCUUAAAUUAAUAUUGGACUAUUUUCUGUCUUAUCUUUGUACAGUUAUGUCUUUCCUAUUCUCUGUAAUAUCCUGCCACCGCUUCAUAAUGAGAUGGAUCUGUAGGACGUAUGAUAAACCAUUAUUAGCAGCAAGAACAAUUUACAGAUCUCUUAAUUUGUAUCUUGAGAAUACUUAGCAAGGUUCUAAAAAAAGAAAAAGAAAAAAAACAAAAACAGAAAGAAACAGAAAGAAAAGGCUUUUUAGAAAAGGGGGAAGUUGUUUUUUAAGAGUUUUGCAGAAAAGGCCAUGGAAGGUAGACAUAAAGAUGAUGCAGCGACAGACAGCCCUUGCAAACUGUGAGAUUCUAUGGAAAAGGACACAAAAAGUGAGGACAAGUACAGAAAGGAGUGCCAAGCACCAGCUGGGAGGCAAGGCCAUGUGGUUUUGAAGGGGUCUAGUGAAAUUAUGUCAGUUUUUUCAGCAUCCCAAAAUGCUUCUCAUGCAGAUUCAUGCUGCUCAGUGUUUGCAUCAUUGCCCUGCGGGGAGAGGUGAUACUGUGUGCCACAGUACAGCAGAAACAUUGUGACACCAUGUCAAGACAUCACUGUGCUCUGUACUAUAUAAGGAACUGGCUUGUGGGCCCGCAAGGCACAGAAUGACUGGCUUGGUGGAUUUGUUCACCAAGCCACAAGGCAAUAAACUUGACUACAAGAUGUCAGAGGAAGAUGAUUCUUUCCUGAAUGUUAAAAGAUCUCUGAAAAAGAGAAUGGUGAAACACAGCACCCCAGUGGACUCAGUGCUCUCAAGAACAAUUCCAUCUUCUGUAGAUCUGACAAAUCAGUCAAUCAAGGACCAUGAUGCCACAAAGAGAGUUUAUGGCUCUCCAAUGCCAAAAUCAAAUCUAAGUAGAUCGUUGUCUCAAGUAUCAUUAGUACAUGUUGAUGUAUACAUCCCUCCUUCAUCCCCAAAAAAACUUUCAACAGCAUUUGAUUUGCAAGAACUAAAUAAGGAGAAAAGCCAAAGCUCUCAGCUUGUAUUUUCUAGAAAGAGGCUUUCCACUGUGUUGGCCUCUGAUGAAUCAAAUCAAGAGCCAGCUCACAAGAUUGUCCCAAACACAGAAACUCAAGCUACCACCAGAGCAUUUGUGGAUGCUGCAGUAACUCCCAAGAGUGGACCCUCAUGGCUUGUUUCUGGAAUACCAGGGAUAAAAGACUUCCCGGUAGCAAAACCCAGAAAGAAGAAAAUUGAUAAAACCCUUCAGAGAAAGAAAGAAAGAGAAUGGCUGCUACAGCAACUUAAAGACAUUGAGGAGGCAACUAAACAUGAACUGACAAUUGAAGAAGCUUGAUUGGGCUACCUGUGGGAUAAGUGCUGUCACAUCCGUCAUGUGGGCAUGCCAAGUUCCAAUAAAACACACUCUGUUAUA